AUGCAAGCCCGUCAUGAACUUUUCUUGUGGUUGUUGUGGGAAGCUGGCGAGCUGCUGCACGCCCACAGCAGUUUCCAAGGACCCUGUAUGGCGUCGUGGACGCUCGCAGGGUUGGGGCACUGCGAAGGCGACGUGCACGGUCAUGCCAGGGGCGCCUUCCAGCCUUUUCGAUCGUGGUUUCCGGCUUCCCUCAGCACCUGUAUCCGCAGCUGCGAGAGUGCAGGCCGCAGUUGCGCCUACGCAUCUUUCAAAGACGACAACCUUUUCCAUCGCGAGGAUGAGCGCCCGGGUCUCUGCCUUCUUGCCAGCCGCUGCCCCGUGCUUCGUGCCACGAGUUUUGGCGCGGCCACCUUCACUCGCAGAAAGUAUCUGCAGGUGCCGGAGCAUGGUGGCCCAAGAAGUCCUGGGCGCGACCGGGUGAGCCUGGCUCCUGCCGAGCCUUACUGCUCGCCACGCUGCUCUAGCACUCGGCUGUGUGCAACUUCAGAGACCGUGACUGUAGCAGAGACGUGCAAUUCACUGAUGGACGGCCUUUUUCGAUUGCAUAGUGUGGCCGAAACAUCAACAAAGUUGUCGGUGGUGAUUGUCACCAGUGACGAGCGUUUGUUGUGUGGGCGUGGUGGAGCAGUGCAUGCGGCAACCACCUGCCAAACGUCUUGGGAGCUCGUAUACGAUUUCCCUUCAAACGGAGAGUUCGAAGAGAUUUGGUUGCCUUGCGUUCAGCUACGUCAUGCGGAGCGCUUCUUGGCCGUGAGCUUCGAUGGAAGCUUGGUGCUGCAAGAAACAAGCAGUACCUGCUGGGCAGUAGGCUUCGAGCAGAGGCGCGUGAAGGAUCAGUUGCUGCACCACCUUCCUGAAGUCUAUGACAUCAACAUGCACGAUCACUAUGGGGAAGUGCCGAACUUGUGGGUGCAGGCAUCACCAGCCUUUCAUCACAUGCUGCAGGGGUUUCUGUCCACCCUGCAGCAUGCUGGCGAUCCGGUGAGGGUCUGUAUUCAGUGGAUGCACGAUGUGAAAGAUGCAAGCAAAAAAGGCUUUCAGACUCUUGAAGGGGCCAGAUACCUGGAUUACGUCUUCCAGAAGUUGAUGCUGCAGAUCGAGUCUGAGCUGGUAGCCUACUUCGCACCGCCAAGACAGCAGGCCGUGAUCUUCUCAGAUUUGGACGUGGUUGUUUUUGGAGGUUGGGUGGACACCAUGUUGGAAUGCGUCACUGGGCCAAAUGCAGCGGACGUUUGCUUCACGCAGCGGGGAGGCUUUGGCACUAACAAGCGGCAGCUCGCCAAUGCAGGGGUGUAUGCUGCACGUGCAGGAAACGGAGCAAACCUUGCGCGUUUGUUGGCUGAGUUGGCGAGACUCCAAAGCCAGGACCUGGUUGGGUGGGUUCGCACCAAUCAACAAAUCUUGAAUCUCGUGCUUCGCGAUGUUGCGCGUGCUGUGGCGACAUCGAAAGCCACAAAGCCCUUGCGGUGGGGCAUCUACAACCCCUUGUCGGCAUUCUCAGGUUUCGCGGUACCAUCGACAGUUCUGGGGGUAAGACUGCAUCACGUCACCGGGUCCGCCGUAUCGACAAAGGACAAACUUCGCAUGAUGGACGCUGCAGUGCUACUGCGCGAUGACCUGGAGCAACUCUGUCCUCCCUACACCGUCCGCGAGCAUGUCUCGUUCAUCGGUCCGCUCAGACGUUACUGCUACCCGUUGCUGGCCGUCGACCCUCAUUUCGGGCAGGCUGUGCAGCAGUUUAAGUUGCUGGAGGGCUUCGGUGGCGAGGACCUUGAAUUCGUAAUAGAGGCAUUGCAGACGGCAAGCCAGUUCUGGUUUAGUCAGUGGAAAGUGCUCCUUGACCGAUUCAACUGGGAAGGAGGAUAUCGACAUUAUCGGCAAGCUCGACAAAACUCGUCGAACUAUGUUUGUGCUCAAAUUCACGAAAGACCAUGUUAG